AUGCAAGAAAUGGACCCAACUGCGCACAAGUCUGCCGAUGAACAAGUGACGCGUCUGCGAUGGCGGGCUGAAGACGAAGAAUCGGGCAAUCAGGCAAGGAGCAGUCGUCCUGAGCUGAUCCGGAGUGCUUCGGCUGCGUCCAGCUCGCAUGUAUCUGUCCACAGUCGUCAUAGGAGGACGAUAGUUGACCCGUCGGUGUCAUUGCCAAUUCACUAUCGAACCAUCUCGUUUGAUAUCGAGGAAGCCAACGAACGGGAGGAUCGAGAAAAAGCAAAAGCACAAGGUGGGGUCGCAGCAGAUCUUUCUCAUCUCGACUGGCAUACAAUCUCCGUCGAAGAGCUACAGAAACGGUGGCAAGUGGACAUCUCGCAAGGUCUCUCCCCGAAUCAGGUCCAGGAACGGCUCCAUCAAUACGGCAAAAACGCGCUUUCACCCUUGCCGCAUCAAUGGUUCUGGCAGAUAUUCGGCUACUUUUUCAAGGGAUUUGGUGCUAUUCUCUUGGUCGGAUGCAUUCUUGUGUUUGUUUCCUGGAAACCCCUCGGCCAACCGCCAGCUCUGGCAAACCUCGCCCUGGCCAUCGUGCUUCUUGCCGUCUUUUUCAUCCAGGCAGCCUUCAACGCAUGGCAAGACUGGUCAUCGUCCCGAGUCAUGGCAUCCAUUACGGCCAUGCUGCCAGAAAGCUGCCUGGUCAUGCGUGGUGGCUCACUCGUCGUCGUAUCAGCUCCAGACAUUGUGCCGGGUGAUGUUGUACAUCUCAAGGCGGGGAAUAAACUCCCAGCGGAUAUACGUUUCGUCGAAGUCUCGAAUGAUGCAUGCUUUGACCGAUCGAUACUCACCGGCGAAUCGCUUCCAAUCAAUGGGACGAUGGACUCGACGGAGGAAAAUUAUCUCGAGACUCAUAGCAUUGGCCUUCAAGGCACCCAUUGCGUCUCGGGAAGUGUUACGGGGAUUGUCGUGUCAACCGGAGACGCGACGGUGUUUGGUCGAAUUGCAAAACUCACCAGUGAGCCAAAGACCGGCUUGACUACCUUGGAGAAGGAAGUGUUACGAUUUGUCGCUCUGGUCGUGUUGAUCAUGCUGACUAUGAUUAUCGUCAUCAUUAUUGUCUGGGCUGCCUGGUUGCGAAAAGAUCACCCGCACUGGAUCAACGUUCCCACGCUGAUAGUGGACUGCGUCAGUGUUGCCAUUGCCUUUAUCCCUGAAGGCUUGCCGAUUGCCCUGACUGCCAACUUGACCAUCACUGCCAAUCUGAUGAGCAAGAACAAGAUUGUCUGCAAGUCCCUCAAGACGGUUGAGACUCUGGGCUCGGUAUCAGUGAUCUGUUGCGACAAGACCGGUACUUUGACCAAGAACAGGAUGUCUGUCACCGACUGUGCGGUAUCCAUCUCCACAUUCACCCCCGACUCAGCAAGAGACGAAAUGGUCCUCAAGGGAAAGUCAUCCGCGAUGCAUCAACUUCGUACAGUUGCUGGUCUCUGCAACGCCGCUGAAUUUGAUGCGGCCACCAUGAAUCUGCCCGUCCACGAGAGAAAGGUUAUCGGUGAUGCAACCGAUCAGGCGAUUCUAAGAUUGGCCGAAGGAUUGGGCCCUGUCUCAGAGCUGCGUAGCAUGUGGAAGAAGACAUAUGAUCUGGCAUUCAACAGCAAGAACAAGUUCAUGGUGCGGACAUUCAGUCUGGUGGAUGGGGCAGGACUCGGCCUCGCCAUGUCGCUCGCUGAGUUGACCCAAUUUCGUCGUGAUGAUACAUUGCUUACGAUCAAGGGCGCUCCUGACAUCCUCAUCGACCGAUGCACGCACGUCGUGAGUGUUGACGGCAGUGUACAGGCUCUGGAUGCCAGUACACUCAACCGGUUGAAGCAAGUUAAAGACCAGUGGUCGAAUGAAGGCAAACGCGUGAUUCUUCUCGCCCGAAAAAUCCUCCCAGCGGACCAAAUCCAGAGUGCACCGUUCUCCCACUUGUUCGAAGCCGAAUUGAUGAACCACGUCAAGACCGGCCUUGUCUUAGUGGGCCUGGUCGGUAUCGUUGAUCCUCCUCGAGACGAGAUUCCGGACGUGAUCAGGACACUGAGGCAAGCAGGGAUCAGAAUCUUCAUGGUGACCGGUGACUUCGGCCUGACAGCCCUUGAGAUCGCGCGGCAGUGCGGUAUCGUUACCGCGGAAGUGCCCGUUGACGAAGCAAAGGCUCUGAGAAGGUUUCCUUCAGUCAAUGACAAAUUCAACGAAAAGCCCCGUUCGCCUGCAAUCACCCUGAGCGGGAGUCAACUGAUGGCCCUGAACGAACACCAGUGGCAACAACUCUGCCAGUACAAGGAAAUCGUCUUCUGGAGAACCACGCCGGAACAGAAAUUGCGGAUCGUUCGUGAAUUUCAGGCACGAGAGGAGAUUGUAGGAAUGACAGGUGACGGCGUGAACGAUGCUCCGGCGCUGAAGGCGGCUGAUAUCGGCAUUGCGCUGGGAAGCGGGUCGGAUAUUGCCAUCGAGGCGUCGGACAUGGUUCUCCUGGAUUCUUUCUCGGCUGUUGUCGAGGCUGUGCAGUAUGGAAGAGUUGUUUUCGAUAACUUGAAGAAGACAAUCAUCUAUCUGCUUCCAGCUGGCUCCUGGUCCGAGUUCUGGCCGGUCUUGACCAGUGUGGUUUUUGGCCUUCCGCAGGUCUUGUCCUCUUUUUUGAUGAUCAUUAUCUGCUGCUUCACUGACUGCGCGGCGGCCACUGUUCUGGCGUACGAAGCGCCCGAAGCGGACGUGCUGCUUCGCCCGCCCCGCAAACCCAAGAGGGAACGCCUGGUAAACUGGAAGCUCAUUCUUCAGGCCUAUGGAGUGAUCGGCAUGCUCGAGACCGUGGCCUCGUUUGCCAUGGCGUACUGGUACCUGGAGCGCAAUGGCAUUCCAUUUUCAGCUCUGUGGUUCAAGUUCGGCGAGGUCCCAGCCAACGUCGAUCCUGACUGGUACACCGCGCGACUGAACGAGGCGAGUUCGGUAUAUUUUAUCAACCUGGUUGUAAUGCAAUGGUUCAAUCUGAUGGCCAUCCGGACUCGCCGAUUGUCGAUCUUCUCGCACCCACCCGCCUUCAAUAAGGAAACGCAAAACCUGCUCUUGUUUCCGGCGAUGAUCUUUGCCUUAGGAAUUGCUCUAUUUUGGCUGUACAUUCCGCCGUUGCAACGGGUGCUGGACACGACCAGUGUCCCAGCUGAGCACUACUUCCUGCCGGCUGCCUUUGGCCUGGGAAUCCUUGGCCUGGACGAGUUGCGCAAAGCCGCUGUAAGGAGAUGGCCACAUGGUGUUUUGGCCAAGAUGGCUUGGUAG